CGGCGGAGAAGCGGCCGUGGGACGAUGACCCAGCGCCGGGAGCCGCGCCCCGCCGCGCCGCUGGACCAGGAGCUGGCGGCGCUCGGGUGGUACCAUGAUAAUCUCACCCGGCACGCAGCAGAAGCGCUGCUGCUUUCCAACGGGCAGGAUGGCAGCUAUCUUUUGAGGAAGAGUAAUGAAAGGGAAGAUUUGUACUCCCUCUCUGUAAGGGGAAAAGAUUCUGUGAAACACUUCCAUGUUGAAUAUACAGGAACUUCAUUCAAAUUUGGGUUUAAUGAAUUUUCUAGCUUGAAGGAAUUGGUCAUGCAUUUUGCCAAUCAGCCUUUAAUUGGAAGUGAAACAGGAACCUUAAUUGUAUUAAAGCAUCCCUACCCACGGCAAGUGGAAGAACCUUCCAUUUAUGAAUCCGUCCGAGUUCACACUGCAAUGCAGACGGGAAGGACAGAAAGUGAUCUUGUUCCAAAUGCUCCCUCACUUGGUACAAAAGAAGGGUAUUUGGUAAAACAAGGCAAAAUAGUUAAGAACUGGAAGACAAGGUGGUUUACACUUCAUAGGAAUGAACUUAAGUAUUUCAAAGACCAGACAGCCACAGAACCAAUUCGGGCACUUGACUUAACUGAAUGCUCAGCUGUGCAAUUUGACUAUUCCCAGGAAAGAGUCAAUUGUUUCUGUUUAGUGUUCCCACUAAGGACAUACUACCUGUGCGCAAAAACUGGAAUAGAAGCUGAUGAGUGGAUUAAAAUACUGCGAUGGAAACUGUCACAAAUACGGAAGCAGCUGGAGGAGCGCAACGCCACCCUCAGUUCCUAGCUGUGCCACCAGCACUGCUCCGUUGACAGGAAUUGCCUCUCUGCCAAGGGAAGGCAGUGCUUACUAGGAGACAGUUUCACAUCUCACGGUGGGUGCGUGCCUGCCUGUGCGCCCGCACACAGACCUUCACCCAGCUCUGCACACAAAGGAUCCCCACAGCCGAGUGCUCCCCAGCUGCGGAAUCACGCAUGGAGACUGCUGCAAAACAAGUGUUGGUUUGAUAUGGUGUAUGCCUGUAAUGCACUUAAUUCAAACACCUGUUAACUCAUCACAGAAGUAGUCACUGUUGAAAACUUUUGUGGUUAUUCAGAGCACUCUUGAUAAUUUAUUGCAAGCUCCAUCACAACUAACCAUCAGUAUCACAUUCUGUAACCUUGAGCCUGUUAUUUAAAACGAGUCAUUCCUGGAAAUAUUCAGUAUCUCUUUUUUAUUACCUAUUUAGGCUUUAAACCAAAAGAAAAACGACAGAGGUAAUUACAUUUUUGUAAAUAGUAUCUAUGUUGUAAUCCAGAGAAUAUUUCAAGGCCCUUUUCAAAGUGACAGAUGACUUAGUUCUGGUCAGAUAUGUUUUUAUAUGGUUUAGAUUUAUACCACAAUGAUGGCUACAAGUGAAUGCUUGUUUCAAAUAGGUAAUGGUGAGCAGCAUCAUGUAGGCACGCUUGUUUACAAACCAGGGUUACAAGAAACAGGAAGCUGUUUCCGGGCAGUCACAGGACAGAGGUGCCACAGGACCCCAAGGCUGGGUGACAGGGCUCUGCAGAAAGCUUUGCCUGUAGAAGCCACCAGCGUUGUUAGCAGCAUUAAGAGUCAGGCUCAUUACAGUCCCCCUUGAAAAUGCACCAGGCUUUGUAUUUUUUUCAUCACGACAAAAUGCAGAUUUUGGGUUUUUUUCCUCAAAACAAGAUUUUGACCAGAACUGUGUUUAGAAUUAAGCACUGCUUGCUUUAUAUUGAAUAAGGAGCACCAUGUAUGCUAAAAAUACAAAUUUAACAGAAUACAUCUUCUACAUAACCUGAUAUAAAUUUACAUCUGUAUUGUGCAAGACUCAUAUACAUUUAACAGUGUUGUGGCUCACUACAGGGACAAAAAGUGGAAGCCCAGGACUUUGGUGCUGUACUCAAAAUAGAUAUUACGUUUUGGAAGAAAAGCUUGACACACUGGCGAGGCCCAAGACCACUUGGCCUGACCUCAUUGGCUGACCCAGCUGCAAGAUUCCCUGAGCAAUCCCGAGUCUCCUGGAGGGGUAGGGAAAGAGCAGGGAAGCCCUGUCUCCCUGCAUAACAGACAAAUUUAUGCUGAAACAGCACACACAAAGCUCCCACUAUGCAAACACUGCAGUCUGUGUUGAGCAUUGCUCACGCAGCAGGUCAGUGUUAUGUAACUGCCUUUACUGUGAGAAGACUGCAGAAGAGGAAGAUUAAAACACACUGGAAGAAAGAAAAUCUAGAUUUGGACAUAGGAAUAGCAUUUUAUUGCAACUUAGAAAUUCAAAA